CAUAACCUCUUGGAAAUCCUCCCCACAUUCAAGCCUGCUGCUCUGGCAGUGAGUCAGAGCUGACAAAGGAAGGACCAAGGGCUCUUUGCUUGUUAAAGCCCACAGAUUUUCCUGAGCACCACUAACCCUGGCUGCUACUCGCCCUGACACACAUCCUACGCUGGUACACAGAAAGAGUCAAAGCAGAAGUUGCUGGGAAUGGUCUAACAGGGUAAAAGGAAGGUCCCACCGUUGAAGGAGAGAACUGACUCCCAAAAGUUGUCCUCUGGCUCUCUGCCAGAUCGCCGCCAUCAUGGACACGAGUCAUGUGCAGCCUAUCAAGCUGGCCAGGGUAACCAAAAUGCUGGGCAGAACCGAUAGGAAGAGAGAGUGCACGCAGGUGCGUGUGGAAUUUAUGAAUGACACCAGCUGCUCUAUCAUCCGAAACGUCAAAGACCCAGUUCGAGAGGGUGAUGUGUUCACCCUGUUGGAGUCAGAAAGAGAAGCUUGCGCUGAUCUUGCUGAGUCCUGGAUAUCCACCACUUGACUCAUGGGAUCACCUGCAACUGUUAAAUAAAGCAUGUUGUUUUAACUCUUGAAAAAAAAAAAAGUUGU